UUAGGCAGAUGAAGAGUUCAGAAAAUCCAAAAAAACUAGAAAUUAUCUAAGUAUUUGGGUGACGGUGUGUCCAACUAAUAGGAGAGAAACAGUCUAAUUAUUAUUAUCCGGGCAUGGAUCAGCUGUACAAGGCGGCCAUGGAAGACAAUGUGUAUAUCAUGGAGAAGGAACAACUUCUCCUCCAUGUAACCCCAAACAAGAACACUGCCCUCCACAUCGCAACUCAGUUUGGCAAUAUCAACACCGUCCAAAAAAUUCUCCAAAUGUGCCCCUCACUCUUCACAAUGGCUAACAAGAAGGGCGAGACUGCCCUCCACAUUGCAGCCAGGGAAGGCCAUGCCAAUAUUGUCAAACUACUCAUCAAAUGUGCAGAAAUGCACGACAGUAAUGGCGCUGGUGCCGGUACGAAGCAAAUGAUUGGUGCACGAAAUGUGGACAAGGACACUGCUCUACACCUGGCGGUUAAGGAUUGUCGUGGUGGUGGCGCUGAGGUGGUGAAGUUGGUGGCUGAGGCUGAUCCUGGGAUUUCUUAUGGUGGUAAUAGGGUUGGAGAGAGCCCGCUUUACUUGGCGGCGGAGAGAGGAGAUAAGGAGAUGGUGGUUGUGAUCCUCAACACUUGUAUUUCGCCCGGACACAGCGGCCCUAGGGGUAGAACUGCCUUGCACGCCGCCGUGAUUUCCGAUUGGCAAGAAAUUGCAUUACAAUUAUUGGAAAAGAUGUCAUCACUAACAAAAAUAGGUGAUAGAAUGGGGUGGACACCGCUUCACUGUGCUGCGCACUUCAAUAACGUAACGCUGGUAAAACUAUUACUCAAUUGGGAUAAAAUGGCGGCAUACUUGCAAAACAGUAAGGGCAUGACGGCCCUUCACAUUGCUACCAGCCGUGGACAUAUAAAAACAAUGGAAGAGUUGAUUUCUCAAUGCCCUGAUUGUUGUGAGAUGGUCAAUGGUUCAGGACAAAACGCUCUUCACAUUGCUGUGGAGAGCAACAAAAAAGAAGCUGUGGAUUUAAUACUGAGAAAUUCCUCAUUUAACAGUAUCAUAAAUGGCAAGGAUUAUAAUGGGAACACUCCUCUGCAUCUCUUGGCUAUUCUUGGAUAUGACCAUCUCCGUUCUGUAAUUACUGAUCCUAGAGUGGAUAAAAGGGCUUACAAUCUCGAAAACUUGACUGCAUUGGACAUAGUUUUGCGCACUCGACCAUCCACGACACCUCUAGCUGGAGAACUCAAAAAAGCUGGUGCCACUGUUGGUUUAAGGAAGGAAUUUGAUUAGUGAAGAUGAUCGAUGGUUAGAGAGAGAGAGAGGAAACAAAAGAUUGAACACCUCAAAAGGAAAUAGAGGAAACACAUUUGAUUCCGAUCCUCUCAUAGCAAUGGUAAUAUUUGCAGCUGGUUUUAUGAGAUUAAUUAUUAUGUGAUAUGGAUCCAAAAUAUUAAGCUUGUUUGAUCUCACUUUCUUGGAUAAGGGGUUCUAUAUUUUAUUUUAUAACAAGUUUGAAGCUAAUAAAAGUGUGGUUGUUUUCCCUUGUUUUUUCUAGAAAAA